AUGGUAGCCCAAUGUCCCAGCUUCCAGCAAGUUAAAGCCGAACAUCAGAGGCCUGGAGGCCUAACUCAGUAUAUUGAACUUCCAUUGGAAAUGGGACAUGAUAAAUAUGCACUUCAUCACUGGUUUGCCUCGCACUCCACGGAGAUGUCUCCUUAUAAAGCAGUACACGGGUGGAAAUGUAGGUCGUUGAUCGGUUGGUUUGAGGUCGGGGAAGCAGAGUUGCUAGGUCCUAAUUUAGUCCAGCAAGCAAUAGAAAAGGUAAAACUUAUUAGAGACUGUCUGCGUACAGCACAAAGUUGGCAGAAGUCUUAUGCAGAUGUUCAACGAUGA